AUGGCGCAACGAAUCGUGGCUUUCCAGAAGCCUCCAGUCCAAGUUCCCAACAGCUUUGUCAAGAUCCUCGACGGGGCCAUCUCCCUGAGAAAGCCGGUUGCGGUGGGCUUAGGAAACCAUGAUGGGUCUGGGUCAUCCCGCAGCCCUGCGGACCAAGAAUCCGAUACAAGACACUCUUUCUUCACACUCACACUUGAGGACGUCAGAGAAGCACUCGGGUCCCGGAUUUCGUCACCGGCCAAGAAUAAGAAUGAGACAGCUCAGCACAACACCGCUGAAGCCAGUGCCGCAACAAACCUGACGAAUAUGUUCUCCAGCCUUGAGGUCGAAGAGCCAUCCGAGGCCGAUCAAGAGAGCCCCUUACAGUCGGUACCUAGGGCAGAAACCGCGAAGCCACAGACUCGUUAUCAAGCGGAAACUUUUGAUGACCCCGAGGAAGCUUCCAUUAUGCUUAUGUGCCUGGUGACAUAUUUCGCUGACAUUCGCGAUUUUGUCGCGGAAACUCGGUUGGGCUACAAAGAAGGGCUUUUGGACCUUGUCAGCGCCUCCCUCACAACAGAUACAGCCAGGGAACUGGCACGUGGUCUGGAAGAAGCGCAACAGAAGCUUCUUGCGGCUCAUGGAGGCGUGCAGAAGCUGCUCCAUAUUUCUUUUGUCGGCCACUGUCUAGAAAUUUUGCCAGAGAUCGGAGGCUUCACAAUCGCCCAGCUGUCUCUUCAUGCGGUCCUCGGAACCUGA